AUGUCGAUAAAGUCUCUUCCGGUAGAAGUGAUGUCCAUCAUCUGCAGCCAUGUACAGAUCUUGGAAAGGAAGAUGCUCAGGUUGACAUGUCGCACAUUAUGCACAACGUCGUCUGGGGACUUCUUCGACCGAUAUUUCAAAAGCAUCCACUUUAUGGUGACGAGCGACAGUCUUGGCAGACUGGAAGACCUCGCACAAUCCGAUGAAAUCAAAAAGCGAGUCCAAGAGCUUUGGAUGAUACCAACCGUGUUUGAGGGCGUACACCAGCUCGGUGAAAAUAACAUGGGAGAAUUCCGUGUGUCGUCGAAAAGUUGCCAGCCAUUAGAUGGCGACGACCUGAGGGACCGCUAUCACACAUACAAAGCCAUGAUCACAGACAACUCCGAUCUCCUGAAUUCACAUGUUUUCAGCGCUAGACUCUCCAAAUGCAUGGAUCAAUUCGAUAAUCUUGAUGCAGUUGGUCUGGCACAUUAUACGACGACCUUUUUAUUGGAUCCACGACAACGAAAAGUUCGAUUCCUUGGUUGGCGCCACCUUGUCGACCGGAUUGACUUUCGAUUCACCCCUGCGACCCUGGACCGACUCCAGGAUAUCGGCGAUAAAAUGCGAAAGGUCAAUUCGUUGGCCUUUUCAAGACUUCUUCAAGCGCUUAGCUGGUCAAAUCAAAAAAUCAGGAGAUUACAUACCUGUGAUCCUAAUUACUGUGCCGAUGUCAGUUCCCAGGUGACCCUCCCAGAAAUGCAAUACGAUUCUCGUCUCCCGUUCCUAGACAGUGUAGAAGAUCUCCAUCUCUGCAUAGAUCUUGAGAGGGACACUUGGGUCAAACUGGUUACUAAGUUGUCACCUGGUCUCAAGCGACUGAGGCUCUCACAGAGUGUCAGCCAUCCCUCCCAGGCACACCCUUACUUUUUCAAGGGUAUCUGUGAGAGAGGAAAGUUCAUUCAGCUCAAAUGCCUACACUUGAAUCAGGUUCAGAUCACCUCUGAAUCGUUGAAGUCAAUGCUUACUACGGCCAAACAAACUUUGGCUAUCCUUAAACUCACCAGAGUGAGAUUGAUCGAUCAUGAGAUCAAUUCGAUAACUGGUGAUUUGAAUUCUUCCCAAGGGAAUGUUUCAAACAUCCCACGCGUUGAUGAUCCUGGUCAUUCACAAGGCCGGUAUAGACAUCCACCACGCGGCUUUUACAAUACUCCCCGUAUUCCACGUAUCUCGCCAUCAUCGCCUCUCUUCUCUUUAUCCGCCGCUUUCAUCCGACCAGCAGUGGGAAUACCGCCUGUACCAACAGUCCCUCCUCCCCCAAGGAACACUUAUGCACCGAUUCCUUCUACUAUGCCGAGCAACUCCAUUGUGCCACAGACUCCCCCUCCACCAACAAACCUUUAUUCACUGGUUCCUUCUACUACACCGACCAAUUCCUACAAUUCCUACACAAGCCCCUUAAUCACAUCGCACAAUUAUGUACCAACUCCCCCCAUCCCAACCGGGCAAGAGGAUGUCAUCUGGAAAGAUCUUUGGAAAUUCUUCAGCAAUGAGCUGUCCUUGCAGAAGUUCAACAUGGCAGAAAUCGGCUCCGGUAGGUAUCGUGUAUGGCUUCAAGGGACUGAAGGCGACAUUAGAUGGACAAGGCCUGCUGUUUUCAAUGCCCAAGAAGUCGGAUCUUCGUUUCGGGAAUGGAUCGACCAGUUUACACCGCGGCAAUAUUUGGAGAUGCCCGACUCUGACGAGAGGAACAAUGACAUGGAACUAUGGUUCAACAAGAUGAUACAUGCAGAUAGCGAUUCGGUCGAUGCUGUCACGUGUACAUGUGAUCGUCAGGCUGACCCUUACUGGAGGUCCUGUCCCUUUGGGUGCGAGUAUGCUUGA